AUGUCGCCUGAUCCCAGCUCAAGUCCAGAGAUCCUCCCAUUCGGACUUGGAUGGCAAAAGGGUCGUCGGGUAUUUUCCAACUUCCUUCGAGCAUCCAACGGAAAUGGGUGGGGUUUGCGGCAAUGGAUCCACCGGGCUGAUCUCAAAUUCUGGGACAGUGCUCCACUUGAUGAGUCUGCCGAGCCUGUUCAGAUGGCGAAAUCACACGGCACGCAAAAACUGAAGGCUCCCAAGAUGAAACAAUAUAGUGUAGACCCGGCUACGCACAAGGCGAUACAGGAAGACUCACAAAUUUCAGGAUCACUACUAAGACGUUUAAGUUUGAUGGCGAGUUUCUAUGUGGUAAAACAAGAUCGUAAGACCAGGCUCACCAUUUCGCCGUCAUUUGGACGCAUAUAUGCGCUCAAAUUCUUCUUGGAAACCUUUUUUGUCUCGCUUCUGAGAAACGGUCAGAUGUCCCAGAUAAACGUUUACGUGUAUUUUACUAUCUACACCGUAUAUAUGCGUCAUCCUACUGAUUGUCAAGACCAAGGCAGCCGCCACCUUAUCGACACCCAAUUGGAUGCCUGCAUUUCCUUGACCUAUAGUACUGCUCCAUCCUCGCGUGCAAAUUCCCGUCCUGUCAACUCGGCCGCCAAGCUACAUGAUUUUAUUUGUGGGAAAGCCGCAACACCAAACGUUGUCUACGCCCGGCAGAAAACUCUUUUUUUGCUCCCGAACAGUCGCGGUGCAAGAAACUACUAG